UUCCAGAUCAUGUAUGGAACACUAGUUUCCAUUAUAGUUCUACGAUCUGUUUAUAUAGUAUUAUGGGUAUACCCCUGGCUUAGAGGUCUAGGCUAUACAUCUUUAACUGUAUUUUUAAUGGGAUUUUUUCUCUGGAAUGUGGACAACAUUUUCUGUGAUAAAUUGAGAGCACUACGAGAGAAGAUGCCUCCUGUUGUGGGAGCUGUGACACAGUUUCAUGCAUGGUGGCAUAUUCUUACAGGCCUGGGUUCUUACCUUCAUAUCCUCCUAAGUUUGUACACAAGGACGCUUUUCCUGAAACACAGGCCAAAGGUGAAGUUUGUUUUUGGAAUAUGGCCUGUUCUUCUUGUGGAGCCACCCAAGAAGCUUUGACUGAGACCUAGGCAGUCGCAUGCGAUCACCCAGCCUGGCUGAAAAAAGCAAUUCAACAGUUAUUAUGGCUGAAGUGUCAAAACUAAGGAUCAAUUCAAGUACCAGUGCUGUAAAAGGACUUCUGUGUGUUACUAGGCCAGCUGGCCAGAACAGAACAAAGAGUUGACACACUAGGGGAAUAAUGUUUAGUACAGCUUUAUUCUAAGUUGUUAAAACAAAGAUUAAGACACAAUAUUUUUAUGUAUAUAUUGUAUAGCUGAUGAUACUGAGCUAAUAUUUCGUGCUGGUCACAGAAAACUAACCAUUUUUGAAGUGGAUUGCAUAUGUUUUUCAUUCAGUUGUUGUUCUUUCUGUGGUUUAAACUAAUAUUAGUAACUGAAUGACAAAACCAGGCCAUUGAUGGCCAAGCUAAGCAUUUGUGUGGCCUAUAGUGAACUGAAUGCUUAACCUGAACUACUUUAAUCUUGCACUUUUAUACAAUUAAUGAAGUAUGUAAUGACUGGUUUAGGGCUUUAUUCUAUCUUGCUUUUUCACAGCCUCCUUUGGAAUUUAUAUUUUAAGCAAAACAGUUGGAAUAACUGUGCCAUUUAAUUCAUUUUGUACCAAGCUUCUAUUUUCUCCUUAGUCCAACUGAGGUACAUCAUGGAGGAUGUUCCAGGGUGUGACCAGCAGAAGACACUUAAGAUGGUGAAGCAUUACAGGGGGUUCUUGUUUGUGUGUGGAAACUGAAUUCCUAAUUUGCUUGACCAGUAAUCUGUCAGGAGACUGCAAGGUGACUAUAUAAACACAAGAAACACUUUUUAAAUUUUUUAUAAUUAUUUCUUACAUGCCUCCCUUUUCUGUCCCUGCUUUUUACUGUUCUUCUUGUGGAGCCUAGAUUGACAGACACCUUAGAUGUGUGCUAGUUCAGCUUUGGAU